AUGUAUACAAGCCAUGAGGAUAUCGGGUAUGACCUUGAAGAUGAUCCCAAGGCUAAGAAGACCCUGAAGCCCCACCCAGACAUCGACGGUGGGUGGGCCUGGAUGAUGGUCCUUUCUUCCUUCUUUGUGCACAUCCUCAUCAUGGGCUCACAGAUGGCCUUGGGAGUCCUCAAUGUGGAGUGGCUUGAAGAGUUCCACCAGAGCCGCGGCCUGACCGCCUGGGUCAGCUCCCUGAGCAUGGGCAUCACCUUGAUUGUGGGACCUUUCAUCGGCUUGUUCAUUAACACCUGCGGGUGCCGCCAGACAGCGAUCAUUGGAGGGCUGGUGAACUCUCUCGGCUGGGUGUUGAGCGCCUACGCGGCCAAUGUGCAAACUCUCUUUGUUACCUUUGGAGUGGCAGCUGGCCUCGGCAGCGGGAUGGCCUACCUGCCUGCGGUGGUUAUGGUGGGAAGGUACUUUCAGAAGAGGCGAGCCCUAGCCCAGGGCCUCAGUACCACAGGGACAGGCUUUGGGACAUUCUUGAUGACUGUUUUGCUGAAAUACCUGUGUGCAGAGUAUGGCUGGAGGAACGCCAUGUUCAUCCAAGGCGCCGUGUCCUUGAACCUCUGUGUUUGUGGCGCGCUCAUGAGGCCCCUCUCUCCUGGGAAGGUAGAAAACUGCUCGAGAGAGGAGAAGCCCUGUGCUCUCCCAGCUUACUCCGCUGAAUCUGGGAAAUCAGGACCACUGAGCAUCACUGAAGAACAGGACAGACCGCCUGGGAACGAGGAAACCGUCUGUGACCUUCAAGCCCAGGAAUGUCAAGGUCAAACCCGGCCCGGGAAGAACGCGUGUGCUUUCCGGGUUCUGAAGACAGUGAGCCAGCUCACUGUGCGAGUCCAGAAGGGCUUUGGGGACUGGUACUCGGGCUAUUUCGGAGCGGCCUCACUCUUCACCAACCGCAUGUUUGUAGCCUUUAUUUUCUGGGCUCUGUUCGCAUACAGCAGCUUCGUCAUCCCCUUCAUCCACCUGCCGGAAAUCGUCAGCUUGUAUAACCUGUCAGAACAGAACGACGUGUUCCCCCUGACUUCAAUUAUAGCAAUAGUUCACAUCUUCGGGAAGGUGAUCCUGGGGGCGGUGGCUGACCUCCCCUGCAUCAGCGUCUGGAACGUCUUCCUCAUCGCUAAUUUCACCCUUGUCUUCAGCAUCUUCCUUCUGCCCUUGAUGCAUACCUAUGCCAGCCUGGCUGUCAUUUGUGCCCUGAUUGGGUUUUCCAGUGGGUAUUUCUCCCUCAUGCCUGUGGUGACAGAGGACCUGGUUGGCACUGAGCACUUGGCCAAUGCCUAUGGCAUCAUCAUCUGUGCCAACGGCAUCUCGGCUUUACUGGGACCACCAUUUGCAGGGUGGAUCUUCGACAUCACACAAAAAUACGAUUUUUCCUUUUAUAUAUGUGGCCUGCUUUACAUGGUAGGAAUACUCUUUUUGCUCAUUCAACCGUGUGUUCAGAGGAUAGAACAAUCCAGAAGAAAGUACACAGACGGUGCACACGUUUAG